AUGAUCACUGCAACACAACUUCACUACUCCAUACCCAUUCGCACCAAAAUGUUCCAAUCCGCCGUGGCCCUGGCAGCCAUGAGUCUGCUCACAGGCACAAACGCCGACCUACAAACCUGCUCCACCAAUUCAGGCUACAGCUGUGCCAGCUCAUCCACCACCCCAACCUGCUGCUUCAACUACCCCGGCGGCGCCCUGCUGCAGACCCAAUUCUGGGACACCAGCCCAUCAACAGGUCCCUCGACCUCGUGGACCAUCCACGGCCUAUGGCCCGAUAACUGUGACGGCACUUACGAGUCCAGCUGUGAUUCGUCCCGCGCAUACACCAAUAUCACCGAUAUUUUGCAGACGCAGGGCCGUGAUGAUCUCCUAGACUACAUGGAUGAGUACUGGGUAGAUAUCAACGGCGACAAUGAGUCGUUCUGGGCUCAUGAGUGGGGCAAGCAUGGUACUUGCAUUAACACCAUCGAUCCAGACUGCUACCAGGGGUAUACGGCCCAGGAAGAAGUGGGUGAUUUCUUCGAGAAGGUGGUGGAUUUGUUCAAGGGAUUGGAUACUUACAAGGCUCUUGCUGCUGCUGGCAUUACCCCAAGCACCUCCAAGACUUAUACUCUGAGUGCGAUCCAGAGUGCACUCACUGAGAUGCAUGGCGCAUCAGUGUAUCUUGGCUGUUCGAGUGGAAAGUUGAACCAGGUUUGGUAUUUCUAUAACGUCCAGGGCAAUGCCAUCGAUGGAUCCUACAAGGCUGUCAAGACGCUCACCAACUCCGGCUGCCCCAGCACUGGAAUUAAAUAUGUGCCUAAGUAA